AUGUGGGGUAUCCAGUGUGGUUAUGAAGAUUACUCUGUCACUAAGUUCUCUGUCAAUGGCUAUCUUCCAGCCAGUCCUCGAGACUCCAAUAUUGCUUUCAUAUUUGACCCUCGGUCUGCCAGAUCUCCAGGGCCCAAAAAGAGCAGUCCACGUUCACAGACGCCCAUAGGAAAGGUCAAAUUAUCCUUGAGGGAUGAUUUCCGCGAUUCCUUUUCAUUAUCCACCAACCCUCAGUUGAUACCUAACUGUGAGAUGGCGGUAACGUCAUUGGAUAGUAUAUACCUGACUGUUCAAGACCCGCAGCAUCACGAGAUUGAACUCUUGCGCUACUACUACAUCGGCACACCUUGGCCAGCCAUGCCUGUUUGGGGACGAUAUGACUUCUGGCGCAGGAUAUUCCCAUCAUCCGCCCAGUCUAGUCAAUAUGUCCUGCAUACACUUCAAUGCUUUUCUGCCUUGCACCUAGCUUCGGUUCGCUCCGAAAAUCGCUGCAAGUACCAACGUCUGUCCAUGGUACUCUACCAUAAAGCUAUCACCCUCUUUCGCGAACGAGUCCAUACACUUGAUGAGGAAAAUCGAGACGCCGUGCUUAGUUUCAUGAGUUUAUUGGUCGUCAUCGAGCUCGGGUUUAUGAACCCGUCCUGUGAGCCUCACUACGCUGACGGGGAUCCGAUUGACAAACUGCUACAGCGAUUUUCCUUAAUCCAAAAUCCCUGUGCAUGUUACGCCUACCGGAACUCCAGGGGUCCAGAGUCUACAGUUUAA